CGCGCAGCGGUGCAAGCAGGCAGCGCUAAACGCAUUGUCUCUCCGUCUCGCCAGCGCGCCAUCUCCGUGCUCAAGAUCGACUCGCCCGAGACGCUCGACGAGAACGGCAAGUACAAGGUCGGCGGCCUCUCGGACCCGCGCCUGGGCACCAUCGACCGCAACUACAAGUGCCAGACGUGCGGCGAGGGCAUGAGCGACUGUCCCGGCCACUUUGGCCACAUCGAGCUCGCGCGGCCCGUCUUCCACAACGGCUUCCUGAAGCUCGUCAAGAAGAUCCUCGAGUGCAUCUGCAUUCACUGCGGCAAGCUGAAGAGCGACGAGGACACGGACCCGAUCUUCAAGCAGAUCAUGGACCGCACGCGCGGGCCCAAGCUGCGCGGCCGGCGGCAGAAGCUGGUGUGGGACCACUGCUCCAAGAUCAUGCUGUGCGAGCCCGACGCGCCCAAGGACGAGGACAAUGCGAUGCUGGACGACGUUGAGCCUGCGGGCCACCACGGCUGCAACCAUGCGCAGCCGCUGAUCCGCAAGGAGGGCCUGAAGCUCUUCACGGUGUACCGCAAGGGCAAGGGCGACGACGAGGAGGGCGGUGGCGAGUCGUCGAAGAUCUCGCAGCCCGAGAAGAAGGCGCUGCCGGCCGGCGAGGCGCUGCAGAUCCUCAAGAAGAUGAGCGACGAGGACAUUGAGCGCAUGGGUCUCUCGACCAUCGACGCGCGCCCCGAGUGGAUGAUCCUCUCCGUCUUUCCCGUGCCGCCGCCGCCGGUGCGGCCCGGCGUGGCCGAGGGCGGCGCGGGCAAGGGCGAGGACGAUCUGACGUACAAGCUGGCCGACAUCAUCAAGGCGUCGGUGCAGCUGAAGAAGUUCGAGUCCGAGGGCGCGCCGGCGCACAUCGUGUCCGAGUUCGAGGACCUGCUGCAGUUCCACUGCGCCACGUACAUGGACAACGACAUUGCGGGCGUGCCGCAGGCGCUGCAGAAGACGGGCCGGCCCGUCAAGGCGAUCCGCGCGCGCCUGAAGGGCAAGGAGGGCCGGCUGCGUGGCAACCUGAUGGGCAAGCGCGUCGACUUCUCGGCGCGCACCGUCAUCACGGGCGACCCGAACCUCGAGCUCGACCAAGUCGGCGUGCCGAAGAGCAUCGCGCGCAACUUGACCUACCCGGAGAAGGUGACGCCGUACAACAUCUCGUACCUGCAGGAGCUCGUGCGGCGCGGCCCCAACGAGUGGCCGGGCGCGCGCUACGUGAUCCGCGACAGUGGCGAGCGUGUCGACUUGAAGUACAACCGGCGCGGCGACAUGGCGCUGCAGUUCGGCUGGACCGUCGAGCGGCAUCUCAAGGACGGCGACUUCAUCCUCUUCAACCGCCAGCCGAGUCUGCACAAGAUGAGCAUGAUGUGCCACCGCGUCAAGCUGAUGGACUUCUCGACCUUCCGCCUCAACCUCUCCGUCACGCCGCCGUACAAUGCCGACUUCGACGGAGAUGAGAUGAACUUGCACGUGCCGCAGAGCGAGGAGACACGCGCCGAGCUGAGCCAGAUCGCGUGGGUGCCGCGGCAGAUCGUCUCGCCGCAGGCCAACAAGCCGGUGAUGGGCAUCGUGCAGGACACGCUGUGCGGCGUGCGCAAGUUCACGCUGCGCGACUGCCUGCUCGACUACGAGGCCGUGCAGAACAUGCUCCUCUGGGUCACGGGCUGGGACGGCGUGGUGCCGACGCCGUGCAUCCUCAAGCCGAAGCCGUACUGGAGCGGCAAGCAGCUCGUGUCGAUGUGCAUCCCCAAGGGCAUCAACGUCGUCGCCGGCGCCUCGCCCAACGCCACGACGUGCAACGUCAAGGACGACGGCGUCAACAUCGAAAACGGCGAGAUUCUCUACGGCGUCAUCAACAAGAAGGUCGUCGGCGCCGUCGCCGGCGGGCUGAUCCACAUCAUCUUCCGCGAGCGCGGCCCGGAGAUCUGCCGCGACUUCUUCGGCGGCAUCCAGCGCCUCGUCAACAACUGGCUGCUGCACAACGGCUUCAGCAUCGGCAUCGGCGACACGGUCGCCGACGACGAGACGGCCAAGAAGAUCACCGACGAGAUCAUCCGCGCCAAGGCGGCCGUGUCGGAGCUCAUCGAGCGCGCCAAGAACGACGAGCUCAAGCCGAUGCCCGGCAUGACGCUGCGCGAGUCGUUCGAGUCGCAGGUCAACUCGAUUCUCAACAAAGCGCGCGACACCGUGGGCACGCAGGCCGAGGCGGACCUGCCCGACUGGAACAACGUCAAGCAGAUGGUCAUCGCCGGCUCCAAGGGCUCGUUCAUCAACAUCUCGCAGAUGUCGGCGUGCGUGGGGCAGCAGUCUGUCGAGGGCAAGCGCAUUCCGUUUGGCUUCCGCCACCGCACGCUGCCGCACUUUACGAAGGACGACUUUACGCCCGAGUCGCGCGGCUUCGUCGAGAACUCGUACCUGCGUGGCCUGACGCCGCAGGAGUUCUUCUUCCACGCCAUGGCCGGACGCGAGGGUCUCAUUGACACGGCCGUCAAGACGGCCGAGACGGGCUACAUCCAGCGCCGCCUCGUCAAGGCCCUCGAGGACGUCAUGGUGCACUACGACGGCACCGUGCGCAACUCGACGAACGCCGUCAUCCAGUUUGCAUACGGCGAGGACGGCAUCGACGGCGCGCAGGUGGAGCGGCAGCACCUCAUCACGCACACGCUCACCGACGCCGACUUCCGGCGCAAGUUCCGCGUCGACCUGGCCGAGGCCGACGGCGGCUUCCGCGACGGCACGCUGGCGCCCGGCCUGGCCGACUGGUCGCAGGAGCUGCAGGACUUGCUCGACUCGGAGUACGAGCAGCUCGAGGACGAUCGCCGCCUGCUGCGCACCAGCAUCUUCAAGACGGACCGCAACGACGUCUUCCUGCCGAUGAACGUCGCCCGCCUCGUCGUCAAUGCCAAGCAGGUCUUUGCGAUCGACCCGCGCGUGCCGUCCGACCUGUCGCCCGCGGCCAUCAUCACGGGCCUGCGCGAGGUGCUGGAGCGCCUCGUCGUCGUGCGCGGCUCGGACAGCAUCAGUGUCGAGGCGCAGUACAACGCCACGCUGCUCUUCAAGAUCCACGUGCGCUCCUACUUCUCGACGCGCAACGUCAUCGAGCGGCUGCGCAUCAACGCGCAGGCGUACGACUGGAUCCUCGGCGAGAUCGAGCAGCAGUUUGCGCGCUCCGUCGUGAACCCGGGCGAGAUGUGCGGCACGCUGGCGGCGCAGAGCAUCGGCGAGCCGGCGACGCAGAUGACGCUCAACACGUUCCACUACGCCGGUGUCGCGUCGAAGAAUGUCACGCUCGGCGUGCCGCGCCUCAAGGAGAUCAUCAACUGCGCCGAGAACAUCAAGACGCCCUCGCUCACCGUGUACCUCACGCCCGAGUACAACCAGUCGGAGGAGACGGCCAAGGCCAUCACGGCCAACCUGACGCACACGACGCUGCGCACCGUCACCGAGGCCGUCGAGAUCCACUUCGACCCCGACCCGUCGGCGACGCAGAUCGAGGAGGACAAGGACUUCGUCGAGGCCUUCUUUGCCAUCCCCGACGAGGAGGUCGAGGCGUCGCUGCCGAGCCAGUCGUCGUGGCUGCUGCGUCUGAUCCUCAGCCGCAAGGAGAUGCUCAACGCCGAGCUCACCAUGGCCGAGGUGGCGGCCAAGGUGUCGCAGAUGUUCGGCGCCGACAUCUUCGUCAUGCACUCGGAGGACAACGCCGAGCGCCUCGUGCUGCGCAUCCGUGUCGUCGACCACGACCCGAACAAGGAGACGUUUGGCGAGGAGGAUGCGUUCCUGCGGCAGCUGGCGGCGCAGAUGCUCUCCGACAUCAACCUCAAGGGCGUCAAGGGCAUCCACAAGGUGUUCAUCGUGCACCAGGAGAAGACGUACCAGCGCAUCAACACCGACUCGGGCGCCUGGGAGCCGGUACGCGAGUGGGUGCUCGACACCGACGGCAGCAACCUGCACGAGGUGCUGGCCGUCGAGGGCGUCGACAAGGUGCGCACCAUCUCAAAUAACUGCGUCGAAAUCUACCGCACGUUCGGCAUCGAGGCGGCGCGCAACUCGGUGCUGCGCGAGGCCAAGGCGGUGAUUGAGUUCGACGGCUCGUACGUCAACUACCGCCACCUGGCGCUGCUCUGCGACCUCAUGACGACCGGCGGCAAGCUCAUGGCCAUCACGCGCCACGGCAUCAACCGUACGAACCAGGGCGCGCUGAUGCGCUGCACGUUUGAGGAGACCGUCGAGAUUCUCAUGGACGCCGCGUCGAUGGGCAACCUGGACGACUGCAAGGGCGUGGCGGAGAACGUGCUGCUCGGCCAGAUGGCGCCGAUGGGCACGGGUGCCUUCGAGGUGUGCCUCGACGUCGAGAUGCUCAAGGACGUCAUCGUCGACUACCGCAUGCCGGUGCAGGCGGCGAUGCAGGCCGCGCUCGACCCGACCGGCUCCAAGACGCCCGGCGGCUCCAUGACGCCGUACGACUCGUCGAGUCCCAACGGCGAGAGCUAUGCGAUCCAGGACGGCGGCAACUUUGCCUUCUCGCCCAUGGCGCUGCCGCAGGACCAGUUCAACGACUACCUCGCGCCGGGCAUGACGCCGAUGCGCACGCCCAUGGGCGGCAUGUCGCCCGGCGCCGGCCUCGGCUAUUCGCCGACGAGCCCGAUGGGCUACUCGCCCGCGAGCCCGGCGUACGCCACGUCGCCCGCCCUCGUCAGCCCGUACGUGCGCGGCGGUGCCGGCGGCACGUCGCCCGGCUACUCGCCCACGUCUCCGCGCAUCCACUUCGGCGCCACGUCGCCGAACUUCUCGCCUAGCAGCCCGAGCUUCUCGCCCGCCAGUCCGUCGUACAGCCCGCUCUCGCCGCGCGCCGGCGGACGCGCCGGCCUCACGUCGCCCGGCUACAGCCCGACGUCGCCGCAGUUCUCGCCCACGUCGCCGACGAUGCGCGGCGCCGGCGGCAUGGCUGCGUCGCCGCGCUGGAGCCCGACGUCGCCGUCCUUCUCGCCCACCUCACCCGCGUACUCGCCGUCGAGCCCGCGCAUGGGCGCCAUGGCCACGUCGCCCUCCUACAGCCCCACGUCGCCCUCGUACAGCCCGACGUCGCCGUCCUACUCGCCCACCUCACCCUCAUACAGCCCCACGAGCCCGCGCUUCAGCCCGGCGUCGCCGGCGUACCACCCGACGAGCCCGAAGGCCUACAGUCCCGCCAGCCCAGUCUUCUCGCCGACGAGCCCCGGCGCUCCUGGCGCGCCCACCGGCGCCGCCAGCCCGGCGCGCCGCUCGCGCUUCCAGGAGCGGAGCGCAUGGCAGAACGGCGCCAACUCGCCGGGUGCCCGGCGAUGAGCACCGCGCCGCGACGCUCUUCUCUCCUUCCUGCCAGCCCUCAUUCCCCCCCUCUCGCUUCCGGUUCUCCAUCGCAAAACCACGCACACCUCACUCAUAUGAUCUCACGCCUCGUGUAAAGCUAGCUCCUCGUGUGGCUCGAAAUGCGAAUAGCCAUCCACGA